UCAGUUGCCCGGCAGACGUCGUCUUGUAUGGACGUAUGUAUGUGAAUUGUGUGCUCAAAACAUCGAUAAAUGUGUUCUUGAGAAAGAAAAGUUUUAAAACUAUUUUUGAUAUAUUUGUAUGACAAUAAAAUUAAGUUUAGAAAAAAAUAUUAAUUAAGUUUUUUUCGAAUAUUGUUAAGAUACAUUUGUCACAAAGUUGAUAUUGAGUGAAUUUAUUUUAUAAACAAUAUUUCCCGGGGGUUAAUGUUAUUUGAUCGUAUCAGAGAAUUAUAGAGAAAGCUGAAAGCGUGGUGCGGAGGCGGUAUGCGCGGGCGUAUGCCACGAUGGCGCUGCAUUGUGGGGGCCGUUGCCACGAUGCUAGCCGUGGCCGCCCUCGUUGCUGCUUUUACUUGGGGCGCUAUUUUUGAUUCCGUGUUAGCUUCUAAUCUGGCUCUGACACCAACGUCGAGAUCAUUCCAAAACUGGCAGGCGCCCUCGGUGCCUAUCUACUUCGAAGUGUUUCUUUACAACUGGACAAAUGCUGAGCAGUUCCCCCACGAGAAACCCAAUUUGGCUCAAAUAGGUCCAUAUCGCUUUCGCGAGGAGCGUUCGCAUGUCAAUAUCACCUGGAAUAACCACAACGGCUCCAUUGCGUACCGGACACUCAGACGCUUCUUUUUCGACCCUCUUACCAGCAAUGGCACCCUGAAGGAUAAUGUCACUACUUUGAACGUUCUUGCCGCUUCAGCAGUCUACAGAACGCGAUAUUGGAGCUACGUCCGUCAAAAAGGUCUGUCCAUGGGUCUGUCAAUGUUUGGGCAGCACAUCUCCGUCACCAAAACAGCAGGCGAGAUUCUCUUCGACGGAUACGAAGACCCGUUGCUGGAUAUGGCGAAAAGUUUACCAUCCAGUGCUACGGGAGAUGCUCCGCGGGUUGAUCGGUUUGGAUGGUUUUAUGGGAGAAACAAUUCUCUGGACUCAGACGGCUACGUGGAAGUCACAAACGGGCAGGCGAGCGGAACUUUUCCAGGCCAAAUUCUCAAGUGGAACCACGAGGAUCACCUUCCAUUUUACAGUGGGAAAUGCUCUGAAGUAGCAGGCAGUGCCGGUGAGUUCCUGCCCCGAGGCAUGACUGAGCAGUCGCUGCUAAAAAUGUUUGUCCCAGAUCUGUGCCGCACUGUUAACAUGGAGUACAUCGGCAACGCCGAAAAUGGGGGGCUGAAAUACCUUAAAUACGCCCUUAAAGAGAAGGGCUUCGAUUAUUCACCAGCUUCGCCCUCGGAGUCAUGCUUCUGCGACGGGCAGUGUCCUUGGAGUGGCGUCAUGAACGUCUCUGCGUGUCGUUUCAAUUCGCCGGCUUUUGUCACCUUGCCGCAUUUCCUGCAUGGAGAUCCUCGGUUGCUGGACAUGGUCACAGGCAUGGAGCCUGACGCAGAGAAGCAUGAGUUUUUCUUUGGCGUUGAGCCACAAUUGGGAAUUCCGUUAGAAGUAGCUGCGCGGUUUCAAAUCAACGUCUAUAUUGAGCCAAAUCGCAACAUAGCUCUCUACGAAUCAGUUCCUACAAUGCUGUUCCCAGUGUUCUGGAUACAACAAAGAGUCCAAAUGAACGAGGAAAUAUUACACGAACUAAAAACAGUUCGCGCCAUUUUGGACUGGGGCUCGACUGUGUGCGCGGGCGCAGCGUUCGCUUUAGCGGUUAUAGUAGCCAUGGUUACCUGUUGUGGUACAAAACCAAAGUACGUACCGCCUCAUGAGAUGACAUUUGAGAAACCAAAAGACGAGGCUGAACUUAAGUUAAAUCCACAGUACUUUGAAAGUUAAAAAGUUUAAAAGCAUUUUAUUUACUUUGUCAUUAACAAUUUGUUGUUUGAGAUUUUACAGGAAAAGUAACGAGAUUUUUACAGUGUACAAAACAAACAUUAUUUAUUUUACCUAAAAUGCAAGGAUAACGCCGCAGCUACUAUGUAAGAUCCCAAGUAUGUUUUGCGUCAGAAUUAUGUUUUCUGUUGUAUUACCUACGUUAUGUAAUGUAAUAUUUAUAAUAACUGAUAAUCACAACGAAUGCAAAAUUUGCAAAUUAGUAUUCUAGCAAAUAACCAAUUGUUAUCCCAGUAAACCAAUGCCAUAUUGUACAUAAUGUAAUUGUACAUUUCAAGGUUUAAGAUUUUAUACUUAUUUUUUUAAAUUUCUAUGUAGGAUAACCAUGACUAUUUGUAAAUAGAUUUUUAUAUCGUACAUUCCACAUUCUCUGAAUAUAUUUUAGUGUAUGAAUAUUAGAGAUUUAAGAUUAUUUUAAUGCAUUAGACAUUUAUUGUAAUUUAUAGUCUGUGAUAUGAGUUUUCCAAAUGAGUAGAGCGCCUGCUAAAAAAAAAUAUCAAACUAAGAUAGUGUGUGCGUUUGCUGUAAUAUUUUGUUCAGGCGUUUUGGUAUAAUGUAUAAAGUGUUUUAAGCAGCAAUAACGUUACGAAUCUUAGUUGUAAUCUCUAAAUACUCUAUUUGUAUGUAAGAUUUUAGAUUAUUAGAGAUAUUAGCAGGGCUGUGAGUUACAACAACUGUAUUAUGACCACUUUGUAUUUUAUACAAGAAUACUUGAAACAAUGGCGAAUUGAACUGGAGUCAAUGAUUUUACACAAUUUUUUUAUAUAGAAUCAUUGAUAAUAACGUAUUAAAUUAUCAGUACCAUUCAACGCUUGUUAGAAUUAAAAAUAUUGAUUAAAUAUUUUACAAUGAUCAUUUGAUUAUCAUAUUUCACAUGACAAUUACAUUUUUUCAAUUUAGUAUAUUAUUAAAUUUGUUUGAAUGCUUGUGUUGUAAAGGUCGAACAGGCUGAAAGAUAUGUUUGCCACA